AGACAAGAAUUCGGGUCUGACGGAUCAUGAUCGAUCAGGCCAUUAAAUGGAAAGCGCCCCAAAUUCGUGGGCAUAAUUGGAUUUGAAACAAUCGGCUUUGCCUAUAUCUAUUAUAUACAAACAUAACAUGUACUGUUUAAUAAACGAGUAGGAGUGUUUUAUUAUCACAUAUAAAACACGACGCGUAGCGGAGUGUUUUAUAUGUGAUAAAACACGACUACAAGUGCUUUAAAUAUAGCUUCAAAAACGACUCAUCUUAUACGAGUUCAUUGGCGAAGUAAUUUUUAAAAUAAAGUUUGUCUAAACCGAGAAAAUCAAAGAUAAAGUUUAUGUAAAUUAACGUGAUUUUUUAUCACAUAUAAAACCACGACACGCUUAUGAUUUUUCUGUGUUUUGCUCCUGAAUUAUUAAUGAGUUUUUGAAGUACUGAUAAAGAUAUUGGGUAUAUCACUUUAAUAGAAUAAUAAACCUUUGUGUGGAACUAUAUUGCAAGAACCCUCAUGUUUUGGACCCUCUCAGAAAAGUGUUGAUCUUACCAAGCAAUCGCACAAUAAGGUAACCUAUAUCAUGCACAACCUUUUUUUAAGAUUUAGUUAUUAAAACCACCGUCUGCAUUAUUAAGGAUUUAUAUUAUUAAUUAUUAGAAGUGUAAUACAUGUGACAAUUAUCUACCAUGCCUCUUUAUCUAGCAGUGCCAAUGGCGGACACUAACUAACUAGCUGCGUAACAAAUUGCAUGUAACUAUAAUUUUUAACCAUGCAUAGAAACGUUGGUAUAGGCAAAAAUUAAACUAUAUAUUCAAAGCAAAAAAAGUUUGAAGUACUAUGUAUAAGACUUUCAGUAAUAGAAUUUGAUAUUUUGCAUGGCAGCCUAAAUUCGCCCCAUCAUUGCCUCUAUAUUCCGAAUAUUUGGCUUUCAGUUCAUUUUUUGCAUAUUCGUAUAUUAUGUAUUAAUGUUAAUAUUUUCUUGUAAUAGGUUCUAUAAAAACAAAGUCAAACAAAAACCUGGAUGGGACUGGAAUAUGUUGCUUUGGUGUCUAGACGAAGCUAAAAAGAACAAUUUACAGGAGCAAGAUUAUUGGAGUGGUUUGAUCUUAGAUGAAAUGAAAAUCCAGGUAAGAUUUAAAACACGAAAAUUGAGAAUACAUAUUAUAUCUAGUCCGAGGCAAAUUCCGCCGCCGCGAGGAGUGUAAGUAUAAAUUUUCCCAAAAAUGGUUGUAUUGUUAUUUAGAAACGUUAUUCCCACAUUGUUAUCCCGUUUCAAAAGCCCCUCUCUUUGUACGAAUAGCAAAGGCACAAGUCGAGCAUCGCCAUCGUAAGCGCAAGAAUUAUAUAUAGAGUAUCUGAAAUGCCAUUUCCUAGUCUUUGGGGGAAGAUUUGACACGGAUUUCUGAUGGCCAGAAAACAACAUAACAUAACAUAUCAAAAUUGAUUUUCUCGUGUAUUUAUUGACUUGCCGACAUUUCGUGUGUAUGUGUGUGUGUGUGUGUGUGUGUUUGUGUGUGUUUGUGUGUGUGUGUGGGGGGGGGGGGUGUCACAGCCCCGCACAUUCCCCAGUCGUGACGGUCCUGACAACUGACAUUGAAAGUGAAAUGUUGAAUAUUGCUAUUUUCUGGACCAGGAAAACAUUGAAAUGGUUGUAAAAGAUGGUAAGCAUACAUUGGUUGGGAUCGCAGACCUUGGAGAAAUUCACGAUAACAUGACCAAAAUUUCAGGUUAGCUUUUUAAUAUAGUUGGGGAUGUUUUCGCUCUUUACUUUGAUUUCAUUUAAAAUGAAUACAAUACCCAUGCAUGUGAAAUGCAUUCAUGCGACUCAUAUUUGCAAAUGCAAUUCGAUUGGGUUCUCCAUAAAUUGUAAUUGAAACCUGAAGAGUAUAGCGAGCAAACACACGUCUGAUAUUUCCUCGUGAACGAACGGACUCUAAUUCUAACUAAUAAAUUUAUUUAUGAGAUUUAUAAGCACACAUUUUGUCUAGGUAAAGAUGGUGAAGUACCUAAAUUGGCCUCUCAUGUCCUGCAGUUUAUUUUUCUUGGAGACAAUGGAUUUAGAUUUCCAGUAGCCCAAUUUCCAUCUGGUGGAUGUACCGCAAGUUCUCUCUUUCACAUCUUCUGGGAUGGAGUUCGAAUGAUGGGGGAAAUAGGAUUUCAGUGAGUGGUUAUAAUUUAUUCUGUCAGUUAAAUAUUGAAUAAAAAGUUAAGUUUUUCCUCCAACAAAAUUUUAGCUUUGAUAUUUGUUUCUUUUCCUGACCAUAGUAUCUACUGGUGUAUUCUUGAUGGUGCUGAUAUCAACCGGCAAUUUAUUAAAAUUCAUUUCAAAAGUGAAGAAGAAGCUGCUACCAAUCACUUUAUUGCACAUAACAUAUAUACCGGCUGCCCAAUGGUCUUUAUUAUGGAUCCCAAGGUUUGAACUAAAUUUAUAUAGCUUGUUAUCACAGACUUCGUCGGCAUGCAACUGAUCUCAAUUGGGCCGGGUUACUUGUGUAAGGUAAUAAUUCGCACAGUAACCCUCAUUGAGAUGCAUGAAGACAAUCAGUCAAAUUCAACUUAUUAUUCUUGUAUUUGGCAGAAUGUAUCAUGCACGCAGUCAAACAUAAGAAACUCCAAAAAGAAGCAAACAUUUUUUAAAUAUUUUCACUUCUAUACUUUGUAGCACAAUUUCAAAAAGAUCCGUAACAACAUUCUUAAAAGUUCUUUGGCGACUACAACACCAAGAUGUUUAACCGUAAAUGGAAAACGCAUAUUGUGGAAUCAAUUUGUGGAUGCAUACAAUUACGACCAACGCGAGUUUUCGUUGUCAUUCCACGAGAAACUCACAGAAGAACACUUCAACCUAGACGCAUCUUCAAAAAUGAGAAAUCAUUUAGCUGAAGAUGUUCUGGACAAGAGAAUGUUUUCUCUGAUGAAGGUAAAAUAAGUUGCAUUGUCAUAUAGUAUGUCAUAUAGUAAUUCAAAAAGUUGAUUAUUUAUAUAUUAUGUACUUUUUUACUUUUUAAUAUAAUAAAUCUUUACUCUAUACAGGCGUACAAGAAAUAUCUUGACAACAAAGGUCAAGAUGGAAGUUCUCUUGAUUCUACAAUCAAUCUUUUGAUGCAUACUGCUAAUGCGAUCAGUUUAUUUCAAGAUAAACUUGUAAUCACAAGUGCAAGUGACAAACGAAUAAAGGAGCUCAAGCAACUGUUGACGUUUAUGCAAUCAUGGAAAGAUAAUUUGGCACUUUCAGAUAAAGGAUCAAUACAAUCAAACGAGUUUAUUUCAUAUAAAUUAUGGUUUGACAUCCAGUCGAUGAUAUUGGGUUUUGAUUCUUUAGUAAAAAUCAAACUCGAAGCGUAUCCACACUCAGUUAUAAAGCCAGCUAUAGUCAACCAAGAUGCUGUAGAGAACCAUUUUUGUCAAGUGAGAGCAUGUAAUGGACAAAACAAUAACCCUACUUGGCGCUUACAAGAGUCAGCACAAAAUUCAAUUCGGUAUGGGCAAACAACGAUUAGUCGAAAAAGUAAUGCUGGAUCUAGUCGUUAGAAAUGUACACGUGCCAUAGAUACAGUCUUAUAUAAUUAAUUAUAUAACUAAUUAUAUAAUAGUAUUUUAUUCAACAACACUCAUUCAUGCUCAGGUAAUUAAGACAUGGCGAUAAAUAUUGUUCCCCAGCGAACUACGCCAAGAUGGAACGCUUGGAACGGUAUUUUUGUACAUAUACGAGCCACGCGAAUCAGAAGGGUAGGUGGGGUGGGCCUUUUUCCCAAACUGUUCACUUAAGAGGGAACUAAGCAAAAGUGACCAAACCAACAGAUCCGUUCAAUUUAUACUAUUCCUUCAUAUGUAUGCAGGGCCGCCGAGAGGGGGGCAGGGGGGGACUUGCACCGGGCCCCGAGGUGCUGGGGUCCCCUGAAAAUUUUUUGUUGGGCCCCAGUCUUUUUUGUGUAUUAAACAUUUCCGCGCAAAGGACAAGAUAUCUGUUUUUUGGGCUAAGUACCGAAAUUUGGCAUGAAAAAUUGAGAUAAAGUCCCUGGAAAGUAAUUGCAACGUACUCGUCCGGAAAAUUUUUUUUACCUAAAAAGUUGUCGUGUUUCCCCUGAUUAAUCUUAUAUAACUUUUGCAUAUCAUUACGAGUGUUGUGAAUAGUGCAAGAGUGGCUUUUAUAUAAUAUAGUCUGUAUAUAUAUGUAUAUAUCAAUUUCUGUUAAAAUAUCCAAUUUUUAAUGCUACAAAUUUACUUUAUUGGCUAUUCACUAUAUAUAUAUUGUGUUACUAUUUGGUCAAUCCUUAAUUCAGGCUUUAAAAUAGAUUUGACUAAGCUUGAGACUUUAAAAUAUACUUGAUACCAAUAAUCCAAUAUGACGAAAGUGAAAGUAUUCGAUGCAUUAAAAAUAUAUAAUGUUUUAACUGGAAUUAAGUUGAACUGUUAACAAAAUUAUUUAAUGUCAAUUAAUUCUAUCUGGACCUCGUAGACAUAAUACUAACACCAUGCAUGUAUUAAAUAAUUCAAUUAAACAUUACACAUUGUCUAAAAAUCUUCGAUUUGGAAUUUGUGCAUGCGAUUGGAUCUCAGGAAUUAGUUUUUUAACCAUGUUCACCUUCGUUGUUUUUGAAUUAAUUGAGCCAACACCAUAAGCACGGCACAACACUAGCAAUUCUUUCUUGUUAUAGGCUUUUACAAACGCGGGUUCAUCAUAUUUUCGUACGAAAUCUUGGAGCUGUUGGUGCGACUUUCUCUUUUCAGGACUAUCAUCUUCCUUUAUAUGUGAAAAGGGGAUAGAUGCCCUCUUCUCUUCCAAAGCUUUUUUCUUCUGCAGCACUUUUUUUCUGUGUUCUGUCGUUUUCUCUAUUCUUUUCGAGCAUAAAUUAAAAAUUAUACGCUAUAAAACACUUUUAAGAGCGAAGUCUAGUAUAGUACAACGAUAUCCAUGGAAACAAAUCAUAUUCAUAUACCAUUUAACAAUUAGUCACCGAAGGCGAGGUGAUUACAAGCCUGCAUAUAUUCACUGCGCCAAAGGCGAAGUGAAUAUAUAUAACCUUGUAAUAACCGAGCCUGAGGCAACUAAUUGUUUUAAUAUAAUUCCAGUAUUGAAAAAGUUUUAUUUAUAAAUACAACUAAUACACGUGUUUAUUUUAUUAAUGUUGUUUGCAUAAAUAAUUUACUUCCAUCUGAUUUUCAUCAUUUUUUUUAAAGGAAUAGUUACUGCUCAGAGCGGUAUGAGCAGUGACUAUUGUCUCAGGUCAGAGUUACUGCUGAGGGAGUGAAUCAGAAUGCUCAAAGGCCAUUUUUUCAAUACUGAAAUUAUAAUAAAUAUAAGCUACAUAUUUGUAUAUUAUUACUUGUGCGCUCUGAUGAAAUCUCUGAAGUACUGGCCAGCACCCAUUCUAACAUAUUUCUCUAUCACCAUCGUCAUAAUCUUGAUGAUGAUAUUCUUAAAAAAAAAUGAAAAUACGUAUGAUACUAAUUACUAGUGAUAUACUAUUCUCAAAUAUGCUUUUGCCUUUUCAAUACAUAUUUCGAAACGUAGAUACACGGCAAAUUUUUAUGUAUGAAAAUGGAUAAGAUCGUUUUGACUGUAAAAACUGUAACAAUAAAUAUAGUUUAAGGCGACCAACGGACCACAUGCAACAUUUCACGAAAUAUUGAGAAGGGGGUAUGUUUUAUUCAUUUACUUAUAUACAGGGGCGAUAUAAACCUUUUUUAUGUAAGAAACAUUUUAGGGGGUAUUUCCCCCCAGUUUGGAUAUCUUCAAAAUAUGCAUUUUCGGGGUGAGAUUUUGCAGCAUUAGCUUUUUUGUAAUGCGUCAAUUAAAAUUUAGAUACCCACCUUUUUUUCCUCAAUUGUUUUUAAUGAAAAACAUGAUAUCCACUUCUCUUGCAAUACUUCACAGUCAGACAGUGUUGUAAUUGCCUGAUCGAUAAGGUUCGCUUUCAGUUCUUUCAAUUUGGUAUCGUUGAUGUUCUGAACUCUUGAAACUUCAAGUUCUAUGAUAAACUCGUAUGCUUGGUCUUUGAUAUGGGACAAUCCGCGAUUUCUAUACUGCCUAUCUUCAGUUACUUCUAAUGUUUCAGAAUAGGACGUUGUUUCCUUUAGUUUCGCGUAAUCAGCAAUUAAAUUGUCCUCUAUCAAACAGCACAUUUCUAAACGAUCAUUGACAGACUUAAGUGUACUUGGCACUACGGUGCCCAAGUUGUCUUUGACAUACUUUCUCUGGUUUGAGAGCACUUUCUUGAUGGCCCAAGCACCAACGUGACGAAUUUUUGCAAGACCUUCGGAUGACAUAUUUCUUACAUCUAUUGGAACCAUCUGCGGGACAUGUUGUUGUUUAAAUCUUGCUGCAGCCUGAACAAACGCAUUAUACACCUUUUGUGUAAGUUCAGCUCCAAUAGCACUUUGCCCUUGCGUUAAUGAUUCCGUGCCAAAAAUCAGUUGCAGAUUUCUCAGAUACUCGCUCGAUCUUGUUAUGAGAAGAUACAACAUUCGCGACUUCUCAUACCAUUGCCUUGAUGAAAUAUCCAUAUUUUCGGGUGAAUUUGAAGAUUCUUUUGUUACAAUUUGAAAACAUUGAGACCAUAGAACACUGCCAAACAGCUCAACCUGAUCAUUAUCUUGUAAAAGGCCAUCAAUUGUUUCGUUCUUGCUCUUUGCCGAUCCAGUAGAUCUCUCAGCAACUGGCAGUGGGACUUUCAUCUCUUUAAGGAUUUUCUUGAUAUCAAAGAACUCCGGCGGGGUUGAGAGCACAUGACCACCUUCCGACAUCAGUGACAUAGCUAUAUCUUCCAGAUCUAAGUCAUCUUCUGUGUCUUCCAUCAGGUCAAAAUUUUCUUCUUGGUCAGGCUCUUCUUUUCGUUCAAAGUAUCCAUUUACAAGCUUCUGAGUUACAUCAUCCAUUUCUUGAUUUUCUUCGUCAUCUGCUCCUGCUUCAUCAACUUCUUGUAAUCGUUCAUUUAUAACAAGUUCGUUCUCGGUCAGUUCACUUUGGACACAACAGUUGUCAGCCGAAGUAUCCAUGGGUUUGUGUGAAGCACACACAUCCAAACAAUCUUGUGAUGGUUUCAGCAACUGAUCGGGUGAAAAAUGUAAGACUUGCAAAUGUUGUGACGUCUUAACUCGUGAACAUGCAACGUAAAUAAGGCCAGGAGUGAACUCUUUCGAACAGUGCACAACUGCAGCUGAUAUAGUUGAACUCUGCGACUUAUGACAAGUUAUACCAUACGCUAGAGUGACUGGAAAUUGGCGUCGAGAAGCAACCACUGCUCCGGAUCGUGAUUUCUUCUCCCAGGUUUCUCUUUUCAAGGACACCCUACCAACUAGGUCGAAAUCAACAGCGAGAUUAUCUCCGUCAGUUCCAACAAACACGCCAGUUAUUCCGUUCCUUAAUGCUUCUGACACAUUCCACAGUAACAUGACUCGACAGCCCAGCUUGAGUAGAAGAGUUUUAUCGGCUUGAUAAUCCAAAUUGGCUGCAUAUCGUGAAUGAUGACAAGUGUCAAUGGCAUCAAAUUUAAAAAGAUUUUUCUCGGGCAGAGAAAAAAGCAUGUUCCUAUUGUGAACUUGCAUCUGGAGCCUUCUAAAGAAAAUGUGAACCGCAUCUUUGCUAAUGGAAGUUGGUAGUUCUCUUGACAAGCUAUGGAGGAAAUUCGUUGAUUCUUCACCGCACUGCCCAAUUCGUAACUCGUGUAAGCAUAGAAGAAAGUCCGUUUCUGUCUUUUCCUGACGCCAAAUUGUUUCCAAUUCAACUCGAUGCAAAAGAGCUUUCGAAAAAACUGGGGAAUAAAAUGCAAAUGCACCUGGAUCGAACAUGUUAUGGACGGGUGGAAGUUGAAGAAAAUCGCCUGUUAUGAUUAAUUGUUUUCCACCCAUCGGUUUCAUUGCAUCACAUUCUUUCGAUAGUUUAUGGUGAAUCAUGUUGGCUAUUUCAAAAACUCGUCUGCUGACCAUCCCAAUUUCAUCCCAUAUCAUACAAUCAUGUGACUGCACUCGUUCACGUACCAAAUUAUUUGAAAGAGAUCGAUCUACGACAGCUGGCCAUGGUAAAUCGGCAAUACCCAAACCAUAAAAUGAAUGCACCGUGCGAACUGCUGAGUUUGUAAUGUUAUUGUACACCUUGCAUGCAAUGCCAGUUGGGCAUACUAUUGCUACUUUCUUCCCGCCUAACGUGAGCUUUUUAUAGAUUUCUUUAGCGAGAUACGAUUUGCCAGUACCACCUUGUCCUGUUAUAAAAACAUUGUGCCCGUUUACUGCUGCGUUCAAAAUAUUAGAUUGCUCAUCCGAGAGAGAUAACAUUUCGUGUUUUACAUUGUUUAUACGGCUUAUGGUUGGACUGAAACUUUAAUUAAAGGCUAUUGAAUUCACCGUUAAAAACAUACAUGCUUUGCUAUAUAUUAUUGUCAUAUUAACUUUAUUUAAAAAUAGAUCUAAUGUAUUUAUAGUUAAUAAACGAGAGGCCGGGGGCUAUUCUUGCUUUUAAUGUCUUUAAUGUCUUGUUUGCCGUUCGAAGAAUAAUAUUCAAUAAAUUAUGUCACAAUUAUAGCCAUUAUUUUAUACACCAAGAAAAUUAUUACGGUAAAAGUAUGUUUACUGUAUUUCAAAAUCUGUUUUGUCCACGGAAUAUUUAUCCCACUAACAUGCAUAUUUUACCGUACAAAAAAUAACAAAAGAAUUGUUGUCAAACAGCAUCUUGUUAAUAAUAUAUGUCAAAUUUAUAAAGUACUAAUAGGCCUACACAUGAUAAUGUGCAAUAAGACAAACGUAUAAUCGGUACAAAUAUCAGCAACACAGAAACAUAUGACUAUUAAAUAAUUGAUAAGUGACUAAGACUGAGCAGUUUCACUGUUCGAUUUGAUGUUCAUAAUUAUAUGAACAAGGCCGUUCUUUCAAUGUCCUUUUAACGUUUAUAUGUGAACCACAAUGAAAAACUGUUCAGUGACCAUAAUUUUACGCUGAAACAUCAUAUCAAAUAGGGUAAACUAUCCAUAUUUACUAACGAAACUUCUUAAUUUUUAAAGAAAUAAAUUUGCAUGGUUUUCCCGCGACAACACGUUUGUUUUGAUCCAAAUCCUUACUGUCCCCCCUCCCAGUGGAGAGAAAUUUGAAAUUUUUGUUGAUAUUCGUUAUCCAAUCAGGUUUGAGUGUAUUUUGAGUUGUUCAACGACUUCCGCUUUUUGCACAGCAAACCGGGCACGCGGAUAUAUUUUGGCCGAAUUUUGUUAUUCCCUCACGGAUUUCAGAGCGAAUUUAAGCUAUUUGAUUAAAGCAUCGUUGUUUUGAGAGUUAUACGGUGUCAUUCUUGCAGGGGAUGUCGAUUAAUCGUGAAAGAAAUGCAUUAAAGGCGAAAAAUCGAGGAUAGUUUCGGGUGACAUAUGCCAAGUCUGGGCUAUUUUGGUCUCAAUGUCUCCGUCCUUCCCUCGUUAUAAGGAAGGCACAGGCGGGCGCGGGCAAAUCGAGCCUGGGCCUCCUGUGGUAUUAUAGGAGGACCAAUCACCGAAUUUUUAUUUGAGUUGACCUUUCAUCGAAAUAAAAACCCACGCCACAGCCCACGCGGUGUUGUAAAUCAUACCGACAAAGUGACAAACAGAUUGCGAAUUGGCGGGAAUUGAACGUUCUCUGUCGGCUGUCGCAUAUAGAUAUGUGUUUUAAAGUAAUGAGUUCGUGUUCGUUUUAAGUUAUAUUUUACUAUUAUUAAAUCACUAUACAUAUUAAUGAUCAGAAAUUAAGCUACAUAAACAAUGACAUAAUAUGUUAUGUUUCGAAAGUAGUAUACUAAUUCGGCGGAACAUUAAGUGAUAUAUCUACAAUCGCCAGAUAAAUUAUAUCAUUAUAUAUAACAUAUAGGGAUAAACUACCCCUUUUUUUUACGUUUCUCAAGUCAACUUAAAAUUUCAUAAUCUAUUUUUAGCAUGAACGGGUUGGAACAUCAUCCCCCUCCCAUGCCCACUGUUAACGAAUCUGCACGUGCAUGUGAAAACCCUUAUCACGAUUCUACUUGUUUUUUGUUUAAUAAUAUCUGGCAUUUCUAAGUUAAAAUACUUGUUUACCGUUUAGAGUAAAACUAAACCGCAAGAAACUGCCAGCAAACCAAGCUGCAAAGAAUUAUUUGACGAUGAUGGGUAAAUUCUUAUUUAUUUGCAACACCGAUAGCUGUUUCAGAUUAAAUUUCAGGUUCAGAUUUGACUUCCACUAUCACAACCGACUACCAUUGACUAAUCAGUAUACGCUUAAUCUACGCGAUUAACCAAUCAUAUACGUAGUGAGCCAGUGAAGAGUAGGGGUAUAGCGGUGCAGGAAGUUAAUUCUGAACCUCUCUGAAAAAGAUCUCGAGAGUAGUGAAAGAAAUAUAACAAAACAAACAUUAUUUUUCAGCUCUUUACAAAAUGGCAUCUACCAACUACAAUCCAAGGUUUCCACAGAAAAAUAUCCAGUCUAUUGUCACAUGACUGAGAUUCCCAGAUGUGGGACAGGAGGCUGGACACUAGUGAUGAAAACAAACGGUGAUUCGGUAAGACAAAAAAUGUUUUGGUUUGUCGUUGUAGAAAAUAUCUGAGCGACCUAGCUCCCACGUCUUUAAAAGAUCAUGUUUUUACAGUUGUUUAUGCAAUGAGAAGUACGGAGUUGCCACGAAAUGGUCUCCCUUGAUUUGCUAAAAUCUUUUUUGUCAAUGAAAGAGCUGUAACAUUAUUUUAAACAAGAUAAAACUACAAUAACUGAAACAGUUAUUUUGGUCUGCAUCUCUCGAAAGACUGCUACCAAGAAUAUUUACUUCCGGCCUUGUACAAAACCACGAUCAAAUGUGUACUCGAAAGACUGGAAAGAGUAUUGUCUCAGUGAAGCUGACCGUCUACCGUGGUAUUGUCUUGUGCACAGUAAACUCUGUAAACUCAGAAAUGGCAGUAAUUUGACAAUUAACCUGCUCUUCAACCGAAGAAGAUAUUCGACUGCUCCGAUUUUUUGUUGCAUGCCAUAUAUGGCAUGCAACUAUCAUAUAGCUUAAAAUUCGCGUCCGUUGUCGGUGGUGGUCGAAACAAAUCAUGUGGAACGUGAGGUAAUACGACAAAUACCGAGUUAUACCGACGAGCAUUUACGAGCAUAAUAAGCAUAUUUGCAAAGAAAAUGUUGAUUGUUCGCCGAAAAUUUACAUAAUCGAGCGCCUUAGUCUUAGAAGAAUAGAUCGAGGUAGGCAAAGCUUUGCUGUUUUUAAUUUAUCUUAUAUUCUGUUAUGUGUUGUUAUUUUCGAGCCGUUGACCGCGUUGUGCUCGCACUGAUUACUUAUCAGGCGUUUAUUUAUCAGGAGGUUUACAGUAUUAUUUCACGUGAAAGGCCACGCUAUCAAAAUACUCAAUUUUAUACUCAAACUGAAACGGAGCCAUUGUGCUCGCACGGAUUAUAUUGCGUACAAAACCGGCUUCAAAAUAGAACUACAGUACAUUUUGUAAAUAACAUGAAAUAUAAACAUCAAACAAAUUUCUCAUUUAGAAUACAAUUGAAAUUUAAUACAACGAAAUAGCAAUCUACUAAUUUUAAUCAUAGUUUAAGUACUGUUUAAUAAACGAGCAGGAGUGUUUUAUUAGGUUUAAAGACACGAGCGCGCAGCGCGAGUGGCUUUAGACCUAAUAAAACACGACCUGCGAGUUUAUUACACGGCUUCAAACACGACUAUACAAAUUAAAUAGAUAUACCGCCUUAUUAGUAUUCUUUAUAUAAAAAAUACUAAUGAGGACACGACAACAAUAGAUACUGCCUUAUUAGUAUUCUUUAUAUAAAGAAUACUAAUUAGGAGUGUUUUAUCAGGUUUAAAGCCACUGCACGUGACAUGUUAUAGUUUACAUGAUUUGCCAAUAAGCUUAUGAAUUAUUAAUGAGUGUUUGAAUAAUUAUUUUCAAUCUAUUAUAGUAAUUCACCUUUUCACUUGGUUUUAUAUCUUCGAAAAGUUACAAUAAAGCUAAAUUUGUAGGAAAUAACAUUUAGUUAUAAAUUUGUAAAGGAAAUCUUACAGUCGAUUGAACCUUGACCUUGUUAUUGCCGUCGUUUGCAACUAAAGAAUGAACAGUCGCUCAUAAAAACAUUGCCUAUUCGCGUGUGAAUCUUAAGUUUUCUUAUUUUGACAUAAUAGUUAUUUUUCAAUAAAUAUAUUGAUAUUAAACUUAUUGAAUCAAUGUCUUAAGUUUCAGGCCAGUUGUAUCAAAAAGUUAUAAGCGCGCUAGCACAUCAUAACGUUUCAGAUGGCAUGCAACAUGUACGCAGUGCGUACCUAUUUUUUAUUUGGAUCAUUAAAUCAGAGAUUGCUUGAUAGUCAAACUUGAUGUUUUCUCAUUCCGUCUUCGCUCUUCGUAAACUUAACCCGUUUUCUAUUUCUUAAUUACACAGAAUACAUUUACAUAUGAUUCACCUUUCUGGAUAAACAAGGAAAGUUAUGCAGUUGAAGAAGGACUUGAAGGACUAACAGAGAAAGAAAGUAAACUAUCCUCUUAUUGGAACACUCCUUUCAAGAAAAUAUGUCUUGGUAUGACCGUUAAUGGUGACACAAAAUGGAUGCUGUUAGAUUACGAAGCAAGUUCGCUGUACAGUUUGAUCGCAGACGCCCGAUAUCGAAAAACAACCGCUGGACGACCUGCAUGGAAGUCUCUGAUCGCAAGCUCGUCUUUGCAACCAUACUGCAAUGAAGAAGGUUUCAGCAUUGCAUAUGAUGCAUUCAAAAUACGUAUUGGAUAUUACGCGAAUAACCAAAACCGUUGCACACAGGCAGAUUCAGGUAUUGGAUUUGGUAUUACUUACACUGCUUGUUACAUAACAUCUCACAUUACAUGUGGUAAUAUUGCGCAGUGUGGUCAGAAUGAUAAUGGCCAUAAACUGACUGCGGCAUUUGGAUACAUUUUAGUUCAGUAAGUGAAUACAGUGUAUAUAUAAAGUAGAUUUAGAACAGUACACAUUUGUGACAACGCGUAAAGCUACCUAAACAUAUAACUUGCUUGCAAUGUGACUGUGUAGAGGUACACAGGCCAACCAAAUUAGUUGACUGCAAGACAGCAUUUUAUCAAAAGAACUAAUCAUGCAUGCUUAUUACUGAAUCUUGUGAUGUUUAAAUAUUAAUAAACCAAAGACAUAAAAUUUGUGCGUCUUUAUGUAUUUUCAACAUCAUGAGAAGGUCUUUGAAUUUCAUCGCCACCGACCCUUCUUUUUAACCGUGUUCAAUUUCUAUGUGGAAUUAUGAUUAUAUUGCAAAAUAGUGUCUUACAAAGCAUUCACUAAAUAGGAUACAAAUGUGUGUAUAUGUACAGUCAUGUAUAUUUAGAAAUCUGUUACCAUAAUAGAUGUGAGCGCACAACCGUAACUUUGGUAAAACUUUUUGUUAAAACUGCAUACAGAUAUGGCAAAGCUAGACAAGGCAGAUGGUUAUUUAAUGAUUCGCCCAACUCAUUAUUAAUAGCUACGUGAUGACCGUGAUAUAACUAGUUACUUUGAGCUAGGGAUCUACAUAAACCUUUAACAUGCAGAUGCUCAUGUUAUAUAUCAUUUUAGUCAAUUUACUUGAUUCUGAUUGGUUAAAAAAUGUGCCGACUAAGAGCCCGCGCGCAUUCCGCACGUUCAAGUGGGUUAUCUUUUCAUGUCACGCAAUCACGAAACCUAAUCCAAUCCCUAACCCUAACCUCCUAACCGAUCAUAUUUCGUGACUGCGUGACAUGAAAAUAUAACCCUCACGGGAGUGCAGAAAUUUAAACAGAUAUAAUCUAAAUAAACAACGUAAAAUUGAAUAUUUGUAUUUUAUGAGCUCUUUUUAUAAACUUAGCUGAGUUAGCUGUUAUGAAAAAAGACAGAGGUGUUUAUUAUAAAUUAUUCACACUUUUUACAUAUAUGAACUGAAACUUAAUGUCAAAAAUUACGCUUAAAAUUUAUCACAAUGGCGCGUGCUGCUUUGAUCACUGGAAUACAUAUUUUUAAAAUAUAAUGUUUCUUGUCAUUGAGUAUACCUGUAAAAUUGACUAAAAUACUAUGGCUUGUUCUCGAAGUAUUAAUGAAAAAUAACACUAGCGUUUGGCGAAAUAGUUAGUUCGCCAAACACGCGUGCGACUUUUCAUUAAUACUUCAAGAACGGUGUAAUUUCAUAUAUUAAUAAACGCGCACAGUUCUCAAGGUUUUAGCAAAUAAAAUAAUGAAAUAAUAUGGCAAAUAAUUUAAUAUCAGAACAACGAAUUAAGUUACGUAUUAUGGAUAAAUUAUACAAUGGGCUAAUUACGUAUUCUGUUUACUCUGCCCGGCAAAGCAAGACAAACGUUCGCUAAUUUCUCAUCCAAUUUUCAUCCAAAUUUCACCAAAAUUCAAUCAAUUUGUCCUUGGCCAAUGUCCAUUAAUGGCACAAAUUUUCGUAUUAGUACGUUUGAUAUUUUUGAGUUACAAACAUGGAUGAAUACAUGAUGCAAUUAUUUCAAAGAAAUCAUAAUUAAUCAUUUACAUAUAACAUGAUUAGUUGCUAUGGCUGGCUUCAUCACCCAUGAUAACAUAUCAACUGAACGCCUAGUCUAAGAAUCAUUUGGCAAUUGAUUUAGACAAAACAUGCUUCUACUUAAAAUGAUACUAGCUUACGUUCAGUUUUUUGCUUUCAUCUGAUAUGGUGUUACUAUGAAACAUGCUAUAUUUAAAAGAAAAACUGGAAAGUAUUUACCAGAUAGUGUGAUCACAACGAAACAUGCAGAAAGUGAAAGAGAGUGUUCCAUGCAUUGUACAAGGCUCGACGCUUGCUUGUCAGUGAAUUACAAAGCUGGAGGAGUGGAUCAAGGUGUAUGUCAACUCAACAACAGUACAACCUCAGAUAGUCUUGGACUGGUCUCCAAUGAUAAAUUUGUGCAUCUUACCCUUUUAAAGGGGGUAAGAUAUUUCUUUAUGAUAUCACAAACGUAUGUGUUCAGUGUAUGUAAUUUUCUAGUAUACGUUAACGUGGUUUAUAUCUGAACUAUAUCUGAAAAGGAAUAAAUCCUAGAUCGAGAAGGCACAGAGCACAGCCACAAUGGAAGGGUCGUUAGAGGCUAAACCCAACAACAUUCCCUGUGGGAUGAAACCGCAGUCCCAUGCAGAAAAAAAAUUUCGGCAGAUCAUUGACUAGCAUGCAAGAACCAACGAUCGCAUGCAAAGGUAGUUUGCGCCACCGAAACGAUUCCUUGCUUCCUGUUUCCACAACAUUGUGUGCAAAGAUUUUUCAUACAAUUCAAAACGACCUUAAUUAAUUAAAGUCCUACAUUCAAAUAGACUUUCAAGGAUUUCAGAGAUCACUUAAGCAAACAGGACGGGAACGCGACGACGACGGCUAUUCACACAAUGAUAUUCCUGAUCUCGUACAAAAGAAAAAAGCCCCACGGGAGUUAGAGACGUUGUGUUAGGGCUUUUUACAACGGCAAAACAGAGACUGUUUGUACAACGCAAACAUGUCAAGACGCGACAAGUGAAACUACAAAAUUACAAAUUUGCUCAGCAGAAGAGUUUAUAACCAUAAAGUCUUUGUUUUAAUCUCUUCAAACUUAACUCAAUCCAUAUAUACAUGAAGUGCAUAAUACACAACAACUCUUCGUCUCAAUAAUUUAUUUGAAGAACUUUGUUUUGGCUGUAUCUUAUACUGUCUGCACACACGCGGCCUAAUGAAAUAUUAUACAAAUAACGAAUGUUUCUUCGUGCAAUGGUAAGAAUAUUUUCAUGAGGUGAAAGAUGGAAUUUUCCAUUCGACGAGGCGACAGCCGAGUUGAAUGGGCCAUUCCAUCUUUCACCGAAUGAAAAUAUUCUUACCAUUGCACGAAUAAAAACAUUCAUUAUUUGUUUUAUAUAAUACCAAAAUAGACUAAUAUUAAAAGGUUUACUGUAAGCUCCCGCCAUUUUGACGAGUCGUAUUUGCAUUAAAUCCCAUUUACUGAGUUUCGAAUGUCGGGUUAAAAUAAACUACUCCAUUGCACUCUUAUAGGAAAUGGAAUUUUCUAUUCAAUAUCACGUGACCAUAAACAGCCAAUUAAACGAUCAGAAUUCAAUACGGUAUUAUAUAAAAAGUUAUAUUAAGAAAUAUAUUAGUUGAUUAGCUACCGUGUUAAAAAAAUGUUUUAAUAAUAAUAAUUAUUAUAAAUAAUACUAUAAUCGAAACGAAAUCGUCCCGGUUUGAAUGCGUUCCGGUCUCGUGUAAACGGGGCAUAAGAUAAAUACAAGGUCGCGCUGUUUCAUAAUUGGCUCCAGCUAUUCUUGCUGCACGGUUCUGCAUGGAAACGCUGGAGCUUGUCUUUCCAUAAGGGAGGGCAAUAGUCGGUCUGCUAUAUGUGUUAUAUUAUUAAAUCUAUAUCUUACUGAGGCUGUUUGAAAGGUAUAUUAUUAGGAACAAAGGCUUAAUAAUUCGUUUUAGGAUUCCUAUACCUGCCUCAACUUUUUUACACAUACCAUUUCGAUACGACUAUGCUAUGCAAGUAUAAGCAUUUCAUUAAGCUCGACUCAGAGUCAUUUAAUCGAUUUAUAUAACACGACGAAUUCGUUAAUUGUUGAUCAUAACAGGGUGAUCACAAUCUAUACCUUGGUAAAACUGUGAGAAGACCCAAAAAACAUGACUUUAGUUUUAGUAUAGGACGAGUUUGUAACUUAUUUCUUUUUACUGACCAUGCACUUAUAUAUUUUUUUAAUCCCUAUUAGAUUAUCGGUAAGUUCAGUAACAUGAGAGGACGAGGAAAUUUCAGUAUCGUCUGCAUAUAAGCAAGGAUCUGUAUUAUCUAUAAUUCGUAAAAUAAUGUUCCUUUUUAAACAUCUAUGAAUGUUCAUUGUAUUCUAUUUAGAGUAAAGAUAAGACGAAAGACAUUUCCAGAAAAAACAACUGCAAAGAAUUACUUGACGAUGACAGGUAAUCUAUUAAAACAAUUUAUAUACCAAAUUGAAACAGAUCGAUGGAAAUAUAGUAACUUAAUUUAUACGGCAUCAUUUCCCGUAGCUGACAAGAUUUCCCCAGAUAUAUAUAGUUCAUAAUUACCCUUUUUCGACACACCCUGUAUAUCAACCAGAUCUCUGACGCGAACUAAACAUUAUUUUACAGCUCCCUACAAAACGGCAUCUACUAUCUACAAGCAAAACCUUGCGCAGACAAAUAUCCAGUUUAUUGUCACAUGACUGAGAUACCCAGUUGUGGGCCAGGAGGCUGGACACUAGUGAUGAAAAUAAACGGAGAUUUGGUAAGAGAUGUAACGAAUUUUUGGUUCGUCGUUGCCAUGCACAUUGCAUAUUGCAAAGUUGUGUUAUUUUACACACUUGUUAGCAAGAACGUACAUUCCUUACAAAACAUACAAUCACCGACGAUGCACUGUCAUUUUUUGUCAUAAUACAGGACGAAGGCGUGUCGAUUUUAAAAACAAUUCUGCUCGGUUCCGUUAACAGUUGAUAUAUCACAUUAUUUCCUGAGUUGUAAGCAAAUACGGUUCAUAUAAAGAAACUAGUUUAAUUAAAUACUAGAAAAUACAUGUAUGCAGAAACCCUCGCCUUGCUGACAAAACCAUUGUAUUUUCCGAACAUGAAGUAUCCAAACUUGUUGUCAUGGUAACACGAUAAUUUUUUAAGAAUAUUCUAGCUUACAAAUGAAAAAUCGCCUAAAUUACAAAAUUAUCAAUUUCCCAACAUAUAUAUGUUAGGUAUGUUAUUAUACGUUAUAUAAGCUUCAAUUUUAAGGUAAAAUUCAACCACAAAAGCUUCGCAAAACGUUUUAAAAUGUUCUUUAUAAAACUUAUAAAACUAUUAAAACUGCCUUUAAUUAUUAAAAUGGCUUUAUCGAUAAACUUUGAGUUUGCAAUAAAAUGUUUUCAAAUUCUCGCAUGCAAAUAACUUAGCUUUCUUUUUUAUUUAUUUAUUUAAAAAAUUCAAUAUAGGCCUAAUAAAAAAGGAAUCAAUUAAUAUUAUUAAUACACUGAAAUUAUAUGCUGUCUUGUUUAGUUGUUUCAUAUACGCAAAGCCAAAGGGCCAAAGCGGCCGUCGGGUUUUAAAGCAAUUAUAAAAUCAAUAUUUAAAACAAACUUACCUUCGUUCACGUCGGCUCCCUUCUUUUAGCCGAUUUUUUCGCCCUUUCUUUCCUGAAAUUUACAAAAUCUUGCAAAAAUGCGAGCAAAAAUUAAAUAUAUUUGCAAGAAAUUUAUCAAUCAUCAAAUCAAGAAAUGUUUGCUAUUUUGCUGUCGUCAUACAGUCGACAUGCAGUCGUUAUGAUGCAAACUUUAAAUUGGACCAAUCAGUGUCCCCUAUUCAUGACAGUCCGCUAUAUUUUUGAAAUCAGUGAGGAUGACCACCCACGAACCACCGAACCACUCACGGUAACCCACGCCCGCGCUCAUUGAUGAACUUUAGACUUGGCUAAUGCUUUCGUUUCCCCGGGUGUAAAUAGCCGGGGGGAAUUAGUACCCUCGCACGGCGCUUGGCGCCGUCGGCUCGGGGACAAGUUUUGAAUCAAUUAAUACUAAAUGAGCUUCGAAACACGUUCAAGUCAACAUGAGAAUUUAAAUCGUUUAAAAAAAAGUCGAAAACUAAAUAAAUAUGCAGUCAAAACAAAACUUUUAUGUAAAAUAUCUAGUCAAGUAAUCCUUCAACCAUACUGUUCUAAAACCGUUUAUGAUUCACUUUAAGUUUAAUUAAAACAAGACAAUAAAAAAAUUAAAGAGAAGAAUAAUACAAUUAUACAGUAUAGUAUACAAAUAAUGAAUGUUUAUUCGUGCAAUGGUAAGAAUUAAUAUUUUCAUUCGGUGAAAGAUGGAAUGUUCUAUUCAAAGAGGCGACAGCCGAGUUGAAUGGAACAUUCCAUCUUUCACCGAAUGAAAAUAUUGAAUUUCUUACCAUUGCACGAAUAAACAUUCAUACCAAAAUAGACUAAUAGAUUCCUAUGAGAAGCAUUUUGACGGAUGUGAUUUAUCGAAAACACAAAGAGUGCAACGGAAUAAAACGUAUAGUAUACAAUUGCACUCGCAAAGAUUGCAAUGGAACGUAUUCCAUUGCACUCUUGGGAAAUGGAAUUUUCUAUUCAAUAUCACUUGAGCAUAAACAGCCAAUUAAACGAUCAGAAUUCAAUAAGCUAGGUAUUAUACAGUAUAAUACUUUUUGUUUGUGGAAACAAAUUUAUUGCUGCAUUUAUUACUGCUAUUUAUCAUUGCAGUAAUAAAUUUGCGUGGUGUUUCCACAAACAAAAUGUAUUUUAUGUUUUAUCGCCAUGCAAACCUACAAAGAACUUAGUGAUACACAAUUGCUGUAGUUAUAAUGGCUAUAACUUACCGUAUUUACUCGUUUGAGCACCGCCCCCGAUUGAGCGCCGCACCCGAAUGAGCGCCGCAUUUGAGAUCGAAUUUUUUUAAAGAGCGCCGCACUGAACAGUGCAAAAACUUUCCACCGUCAAAAUGGGCACAUUUAGUGACAAAAACAUUUAAAACUUGUUUAUUUUAUUGUUAAAAGUUCUUCUUAUAAUUCAGAAAUAAAAGUUUUUUUAAAGAGCGCCGCCCCCAAUUGAGCGCCGCCCCCGAAUGAGCGCCGCAUCUGAAGCUCUGAAAAUUUAAAGAGGGCCGCGGCGCUCAAACGAGUAAAUACGGUAUAGGAUUGGAUUAUAAAACGAUUACACCAUUCGCUCUCGUGGUAUACGCGGCUAUCACAUACCGUUUUAUCACAAACGAUUUAGUCAAUCACUAAUCUGAAACAUUUGUUCAAAUCAUAUCUUAUACAACAUCGUUCUUUUAAGACCACGUUCAACUACAAUUCAUCUUUGUGGACGAACAAGGAAAGUUAUGCAGUUGAAGAUGGACUUGAAGGACUAACAGAGAAAGAAAGUAAACUGGCCUCUUAUUGGAACAGUCCUUUCAAGAAAAUAUGUCUUGGUAUGACCGUCAAUGGUGACAGAAAAUGGAUGAUGUUAGAUUACAAAGCAAGUUCGCUGUACAGUGUGAUCGCAGACGGACAAUACCGAAGCACAACCGCAGGACGACAUGCGUGGAAGUCUAUGAUCGUGGGCUCGUCUUUACAAGCAAAGUGCAAUAAAGAGGGAUUCAGUAUCUUUUACCAAAACCAAAUUAGAAUGCGCAUUGGUUACUUGGCUAACAACGAGAAUAGCUGUACACACUCCGAUUCAUGCAUUGGGUUUGGUAUUUCUUACAAAGCAUGCUACCAGACAGAAAUUGAUAUAACAUGUGGUAAUAUUGUCAUGUGUACAGGUAACGAUAGACUGACUGCGGCAUUUGGAUACAUUUUAGUUCAGUAACAGUGCAGACACUCAGUAGAACUGGAAAUUUUUUUGACAUUACGUAUAUAGAACGUUUGUCAAACACAUACAUAAAACUUGUAACCAAUAUGUAACUCGCGAAAUUAUUCAGCGCGCUGUGUAUAGUUUCUUUAUAAUAGCAGUAAACUGACUAUAUAUAUACUAUAGUGUAGCCUACUUAUAUAUACUAUAUAUAUAUAUAUAUACUAUAUAUAUAUAUAUAUAUAUAUAUAUAUAUAUAUAUAAUAUUUAUAUAUAGUAUAUAUAAUAUAUACACUAUAGUAUAUAUAUACUAUAGUGUAUAUUUCAAGACUACUAUAUGCUAUAGAGUAUUUAUAAAAUAACCUUUUAAAAACACGGGCGUUGAUUAAUUGGUCAAAAUCUCAAAAAACCGUGUUUCUAUUUAACAAUUAGUCGCCGAAGGCGAGGUGAUUACAAGCCUAUAUUCACUGAGCCGAAGGCGAAGUGAAUAUAGGCUUGUAAUCACCGAGCCUGAGGCGACUAAUUGUUUUAGUAUAAAUUUCCAGGUGUUUACAAAUAAUAACCCACACAACUUUAUAAAAAUUCACUUCAAAUAAAUUUAUUUUCACUAUAAAUGUUUGUUUACAAAAUUAAAUCUCAGACACGGCUCUGUGUCGCGUUGCGACUAAGCCAGUUUUUUUCCAAAUAAAAGCACGUAAAGUUUAAUAUUUUACCUUGAAAUAUUUUUAAUAUAUAUAUAUAUAUAUAUAUAUAUAUAUAUAUAUAUAUAUAUAUAUAUAUAUAUAUAUAUAUAUAUAUAUAUAUAUAUAUAUAUAUAUAUAUAUAUAUAUAUAUAUAUAUAUAUAUAUAUAUAUAUAUAAAUUCAGUCAAGGUUUGAAUGUUUGCGUCGCUACUCUGAGUUUCACGCUUUACGCGAUCAUCAGGCAACUGACAGAUAUUAUUCAAUAUUCAUAAUAAAUAUAGGUUAUCAUUUUACAACUUGAUUAAGCAGGUAUCUGGUUACAUGUCCACAUUUGGAAAACAAGUCAGAGCGUUUGUUCAGGCAUUCAGUUUUCUUCGCUUUCAUAAUAAGUAGUUUCUCCUCGAGGCAUAAAUUACACCGUUUAGAUCCUGGUUUGUAUGCUUUGACUUUCUUCAGUUUCCACUAGACGUACUUGGACAGUUCGGUGUUGCUCUUGUAUUCCUCAUGUCGGAAAGACUUAGUGUGAUUGCGGUAUCUUGUUUUGAAAUCGCCCGCCGUCAUGCCAAUGUAUAUUUUCUUUUCCUGGUUGUUGGCAGUGCUGGUUGUCACUUCGGCUUUGUAUACGAUGCUCUCAGUAAGACAUUUUUUACCAAGUGGACAGUUGGCGGGGUUUUGGCAGUUGCAUGCACAUUGGCGUGUCGUUUUUUGUAGGUGUUGGUAUUACCGUUG